CACCUUUCUAAACUCUAAGCAAGUGAUAUGCUUCCUUCAAACCGAUGUACUAAAAGCUUUUGCUACGCUUAGCCAAUUUAUAAUUCCUAUAAAAUUUGAUAAUUAUCCAUCUUUGUAAUCGCGUUUAAAGUUUAUAACCAUGCGAUAUUUAUCUGUUCUAUUUUUGGAACUACUAAUGGUGCGCACAUAAAGUUUGAGUAACUUUCGCGGAUUCGGCUUUGACUUGGUAAUUUUAGCACCUUUUCUUUCAUAGUUGAUAAUUCUUUUUGGUUUUAAAAUCUCCUCUUAAUAUUGACACGUUGGCACCAGUAUUUAUAAAUGCCUUUACUUUGAGAUUGAUAUUUUGACCUCUUGAUAUUGAGAAGGUUUUCCCUUGUGGGAAGCAAACUGUUCGUUCACAUCAACUCGAUUUAUAGACAGUUUGAUUUCUUUUGUGACUGAAACCAUCCUCUAGUCAUUCAUUAAAUUUAGGUUUCAUCAUUGUUUUGGUGUCAUCGAAAUUUUUGAUUCCUUCGUUCUUGACAUGUUUCCAGGUAUUUUGCUUUGGCGGUACGUAUUGUCGACGAUUUAAUUUUCCUGGUCUUGUAGGUGAGUUAUAAAAACGCUUAUUUUGUUUCCUUCAUGGUUUUAAAAGGAUCUCCCUUUUCAAUAUUAUUUUAUUAUAAACUGUUUUCGAUUAUGCAUUUUCUGACACAAAAACGCACUAAUCUUUAUGUUUGUUUCAGCGUCUGAACUUAAAAACCAUCUCUGUAUUCUUGAAAAACGAAAUCAGAAUUAUUUGCUUUAUCUAUAUGUUCAUGUAGAGUUUUUAACCAAGAGUCAUCUUGACCGCUGAGAAAAACUUUUUCAAAUACAUUAUCAAGAGUUUUCUGGGCUCCCGGUUUCUUAAUGAUCUCUUUAAUAUGUUCCCGAUGGUGAACUUGCAAAUUGAUUUUUUCACGAUCAGUCGGGAAUACCAAAGGCACCGUUUCGUAAACGGUGAGCAAAUCUUACAAAAAAUCGUUCAGUGCAUGCUUAUCCGGCUUAUAGAUCGCUAGUUCUUUCAUAUUUAUUCGAUAUAAAUAUAGUUUAACUCUUUCGCCAUAUAUACUUUCUACCAUUUCGAUAAGGUCAAUUGGUUUCUCAGAGAUAAGUCUUCAUCAAUUUCCAUUCAGCUCAUUUUUUCUUCCAUUCUUUCUUGAGUUAUUAAGGUGAUCUGCUCGGUUAAAGCAUUUAUUUACUUUUGCAUAUGGCGCAUUUGUUUUUCCAUUUGCUGAGCGAUGUAUCGCUCCCAGCGUUUUCGGAAUCCAUAUACAUGUCUUUUACUUAUCUUACUCAAGUUAAUAUUAAGCUAUUUCCACCCUUCAGAUUGGAAGACAAUAUAAGCAUUCAUUAUUAAAAAAUUGUUACAAACUGCUUGGAAACACUAGAACGGCAACUCGUUGUAUUCUUAAUAUAGCGUUUUUUCACCCAAUUCCUUCUUCUAUCGUCUCGUGAAUUCCUAUAACCUUGAUCUCACUAGCAUUUUGAGAACUAUGAAUAAAUAGUUUUCAGAUUCGAAUGGUUGAUUAAUACGAAUAUAUAAUUUUCUUAAACGAAGGCGGUUCUUCUUUAUUGUUAUUAUUAUAUGUCAUGUAUUUAUAUAAGCAUUUAGGGUAGGGUUCUUUUGUUGUGAGCAGUCACUGUUUGGCGAAUAUUCACAAGAGACUAGGUGAUGCCCUAUUUGAAUCUUCCUUGAACCAACUGAAACAAAAAUGGUAAGAGGCCCCAAAAAGCACCUGAAGCGUGUGGCCGCACCUCACCACUGGCUUUUGGACAAGUUAUCCGGUACUUAUGCUCCUAAGCCUUCUGCUGGUCCUCAUAAGGCACGUGAGUGCCUUCCCUUGAUUGUUUUCUUGCGCAACCGUCUCAAGUAUGCUUUGAACGGUCGUGAGGUCAAAGCCAUUCUCAUGCAACGUUUAAUCAAGGUCGACGGAAAGGUCCGUACUGAUAACACUUUCCCUACUGGUUUCAUGGAUGUCAUUAGCAUUGAAAAGACUGGUGAACACUUCCGUCUUGUCUAUGAUGUUAAGGGACGUUUCACCGUUCACCGUAUCACUGCUGAAGAAGCCAAGUACAAGCUUUGCAAGGUCAAGCGUGUGCAAUUGGGUGCCAAGGGUAUUCCCUUCCUCGUCACUCAUGACGGCCGCACUAUUCGUUAUCCUGAUCCUUUGAUCAAGGUCAACGACACCAUCAAGCUCAACUUGGAAACUAACAAGAUCGAAGGAUUUAUCAAGUUCGAUACUUCUGCCCAAGUCAUGGUCACUGGUGGCCGUAACAUGGGUCGUGUUGGUACCAUUAUUCACCGUGAACACCACCUUGGUUCUUUUGAAAUCAUUCACGUCAAGGAUGCCUUGGACCGUGAGUUUGCUACCCGUCUUUCCAACGUCUUCGUCAUUGGUGAGACCAACAAGAGCUGGAUCUCUUUGCCCAAGGGCAAGGGUGUCAAGCUUAGCAUCACUGAAGAGCGAGACCGCAGACGUGCUCUUAGGGGAAUUGCCUAAAAUUUUUCAAUGUAGUAUCGGUAAUAAAAUUAACUUUACAUAAAACAGUUUUAUUGAUCAUUUGUACAAGAAAUAAUUUUCUUUCUAUUUUCUGUAGUGAUUGACAGUUUGGAA